AACCGUGUACAAUUGUCAAAAAUGUAACGACGAUAAAAAAAAAUAAACUUUCAUCGUGCUGUGCGGAACAUUAUUUACGUUAAUUCGUGUCAAGAAUACACUACAAGACGACGGCGACGGGUGAGACGGAACGCGUGAAAUGUCACGUCAUAAAGAGGAAAAUGAAUUACAAUUGGAUUCUUCUACUAUACGUUCAACAAUAAAUUUUUAUGAAAUGGAUAGCACCACCGAUAAUAAUUUUGACCAAGAUGCUCUAAAAGUUGGAGAACAAAGUAUUAGUGCAGAAUGGUCAGCAACUACAUCUGUAUUAAAUUCAUCUGGUGCUACAAUAAAUAAUUCUGAUAUUCAUAUUGGUACUUUAAAAGAAUGCUGUGCUAAUCCUUCAGAUACUCUCAAGUAUAAAGAGGAUUUCAUGGUUUUGGAUUCUACUUCUACUGCUGUAAAUAUAACAAAUUUUAAUGCUGAUGAUACUCAAUUUUUAUCAACACCUAAGGCAGCAUUUCAAAAAAAACAUAAACCCUAUCCUCAUAAUUUUAGUCAUGCAUUUGACAAUAUAAUAGAUAAUGAAAGUCUAAUAGAAAUAACCCAGAGUAGUAUAUGCUUGAACCAUUUUCAAAAACGUCCACAAUUUACACUUCCUAUAGAAGAAGACUUUGUCGAAAUGAAUAAAUCUGAUAAUAGUGGGAUGGACAAUUUAAGCAUGAAAUUUCCAAAAUUUCGUUUUUUAAAAAAAAAUAUGAAUCGGUCAAAUUUAGAUAUGCCAGAUUAUAAUUUAUUUAAUUCAUCUGGCACUUCAAUUAUUAAUGAUAACAAUUUGUCUAAAAUAAAUAAAAAUGUUAUUUCUAAAAAAUCUUCAGAAUUUUCCAUUGUCAAUAAUAGUUCUAAAAUUGUUUUGGAUGCAUCUAUAAAAGAAGAUUUAACCCCCAACAAAACCACCAAUUGUAAGAAUUCAAGUAUAUUAUCUAAUAUUGCUUUAAAUGAUAAAGAAAUAUCAUCAAAUUACUCAUCAAUGUUGCGUGUAAAUAAAUCAUCAUUACAUAGUAUCACUGAUCAACCUUGUUUAAAUCAUACAUUUGAUAUAUCAACUAAUUGUAAUUCAACUAAUAUAGAAUUAUCAUCACAGAGUAUAAUACAAUCAAAUAAUAAAACAUAUAUUGUGGAAAACGAUUUUACCUCAAUUAAGUCACACUAUAAUGUAAAAUCUGAUAUGAAUAAAAAUUUUACACUUUCAGACACUUAUACUGUGGGAAAUAAUUUAAAUGAAACAUUUACACUACCAAAAUCUGCUAAUCAAACAAAUACAUUAAACUAUAAAAAAAAUGCAGCUCAAUCAGCUGUAUUUGAAAAUUUGAUAACAAACAGUCAAGAAACUAAUUUGACUGUAACACAAAACGAAAUGAUGAGUAAUUCUGGUUUGAAAGACCAAAGUAAAUAUCAAAAUAAUGAAAUAAGUAUGCUUGCAGAUUCAGAUGAAUUAUUAUCAGAUAGUAAAUCGAUUAGGCGCUCUAAAUGUUCUAUCAAUACACAUGAAUUCGGUAAAGGGCCAAGUUUAGAAAUAUCAAACGAUUCAAAGGAUAAACUUAAUUUAAAUAAUACUUCAAAGGGUUCUAGUUCUAUGGCUGAAUCAAUAAAUGAAAACAGUAUGGAAGUAACAAAUGUUUCAAUUGAUGAAAAAUUACNUGAACAAAAUAAUUCAUUUGAUCCAGAAGACUCUAAUAAUGAGUCAUUGUCAAAGAAAACAGCUGGUUCAUUAGAGAAUAAUAUUUCAUCAAAAGAUCGUGUCACAAGAUCUAGGUCAAAAAGUUUAUUGACUCCUACUAUUGAUGCCAGUCACCCAUUUGAACCAAACCAAUCAAGUUCUUCUAAACACUCAACAAGUAGUACAUCAAUAAAUAUUUCUAAGCCAGUAAAAUUCGUAAAUUACACGAAAACUGCUGCUCAAUCAACUGUAUUUGAAAACUUGAUAACAAACAGUCAAGAAUCUAAUUUGACUAUAACACAAAACAAAAUGAUGAGUAAUUCUUGUUUGGAAGACCCGAGUAAAAUGCAAAAUGAUCAAAUGAAUAUAUGUGCAGAUUCAGAUGAAUUAUUAUCUGAUAGAAAAUCGAUUAGGCGCUCUAAUCGUUCUUUUAAAAAACAUGGCAUCAUUGAAGGGGCAAGUCUAAGAAAAUCAAAGAAUCUAAAAGAUAAACUUGAUACAAAGGAUUCUUUAAAAGGUUCUAGUUCUAUGGCUGAAUCAAUAAAUGAAAACAGUAUGGAAGUAGCAAAUGUUUCAAUUGAUGAAAAAUUACAUGAACAAAAUAAUUUAUUUGAACCAGAAGAUUCUUAUAAUGAUUUAUUGCCAACUAUAAAAGAUGGUUUAUUAGAGAAUAAUUCAUCAAAUGAUCGUGUCACAAGAUCUAAGUCAAAAAGUUUGUCAACACAUAUUGUUGUCAGUAACUCAUAUGAACCAAAACAAUCGAAUUCUUCUAAACACUCAACAAAUUCAUCAAGUUUAACACAACAUUCAAGAAAUAUUACACAUAAUAAUAAAACAUCAGUAUUAUUGAAUAAUACUAUUGGAUCAUCAAAACUAAAACGCAAAUCUAUUGAGAAUGAUGAACAAACAACUCCAAAUGAAUGUUUAUUAAAAAAAAUUAAAUCAACUACUCAUUUAGCAGGAUCUGUCCAUAAAGAUAUUAUUGCAGAAAAUAUAGUAAGAACAAUUGUGAAAAUGUCAGUUAAUAAACGUAAAUCUGUCCAUCCGGGGGUUUUCCAAUUUGAAACCCCAACAAAAAGACAAAAAACAUUUUCACUUGAUCAAAGUAAUUCAUUUUUAACUAAAUUUUUAGCUGGAAAUAAGAAUAAUGAACCGGAAUCAACAUUACCUGCACUAUCUUAUUCAGAAUCUAUUAUUGAUCAGUCUCAAAUUGAAGAAAAUGUUACAAAAAAAUUUAAGUCUUUAUAUAAUAAAGAAUCAUGGAUAACAAAACGUCUUUAUAGUUUUUUAAUAAAUAAGUUACAACCUAAAUAUAGUAUCUAUGCUGUGAAGCAUGCAGAACAUUUUGUCAAGUACUUAGCAUCAAGAUUAAAAGACAUUCUUUAUGAUAAAUUGGAUUUUGAACUAUGUUCAGAUAUGCUUCGGUAUCACAUGGCGAGAUUUGAAAUUAUCAAUACUACAUUUGAUUAUUUAGAUUUUUUAUCAAAUUACAUACCAGAGCAAUAUUUUAGAAAGUUAGUUCCUGAAUCGUUUGAUCAAAAAUUUGAUUCAAAUAAGUAUUUUUUACCUAUUAUGGAUGAUGAAGAAUUCUUAUUUAAAGUUAUGAAUCAUCUUAAUACCAAUUAGUAAUAUACAAAUCUAAA